GACACCGCCGGGACCCAUCCAUGUUACUCGUGUACUGUAGCGUAGGCACUCAUAGUGAAGCCGGUAGUUUUAAAAUUACCGUAAGGCCCAGUUGAUUGUACCGAUGAGAUAUUUUUUAUAAAUACUAAUUGAACUGACGCAGCACCAAUUUAUUCAAAUGCACACAGUUACCUGCGCUUUUAGUAAUUCUGACAAGGGGGGAGGACCAAUUACGCGUUUGUCCCGAGAACGAGAGUUUUCAUUAAUUUCGCUCUUCGUUGAGCAUUCGACCACAGCUGGCCACAUCCGUGCCGGAGUAAUACGAAAUAUUUUCACCCAAAUGUUGAUAAGAAACUGCGCUGUUUAACUGUAUUGUCGUGCGUACACGGGGACAAACGGACUAGCGAAUAUUUUGUUAACACUUCAAUAAGUAAAAAUGGGAUGCAACACGAGCAAGGAGAGCGUUCAGGCGGGCGCGGAGGAGGCGAAGGAGGAUGUUAAGAACGGCGAUAUUCCAAAAAGUGCUGCAAGCCAAGUCGACAAAGAGGAGGAAGUGAGCCAAGAAGUUGAUACAACUGAGGAGACAAAACAGGCGGAAACAGGAGACGAAUCAAACGACUCGAGUGAUAAGGAGAAAGAGGAGGCUGCAACGAGAAUACAGGCGGUGUUUCGGGGUCAUCAGGCGAGAAAGAGUAUGAAAGACACUGAUACAUCGUCACAGGGUAAAAAUAACUCUGAGGACAGCGAACCGACCAUCGAGCAACUGCAGGAGGAAUUCCGAGCGGACGACGUUGACCUGUGUAACGCAGCGACAAAGAUUCAGGCAUCUUUCCGCGGCCACAUGUCGAGAAAGGAGCAGGCAGUUUCCUCGGUGAUGAAGGCCGCUGGGGAUAUGGUGCAGAGUGCAGGGGAAAAAAUUGAGGAAAAGGUCGAUGAUGCGGUCAAUGAGCUCGAGGGAAUCGAUCUUACUGAUCCGGAUCUUCACAAAGCUGCAACGAAAAUACAAGCGAGCUUCCGGGGUCACAAGGUGCGCCAGGAAGUACCCGAGGCUCCCAUCAAGAAGUAAAGGGGGUGCGGGACGAUGUGAGAAGUAGCUGUGAGCCAAGGGCAUAGGACAAGACAGAGUAGUAAAAACGGAAUGAAGCGCUGGACUUGAUAUCACAUUUUUUAAAAGUUAUUUUUCCUCCCGUCUGUUUCAUUUUAUGGCCUCACACGAGUGAUCGUAGAGACUGUCACAGGGAUUGGGGUAAAUCUGGUUGAGUUAUUGAGUAGCGCUUGGGUGUCUAAUCCCGAGAAGAACACGGUUGAAUGAAUACUGCGAUCAUUGGAAUGGGGCGGAUUUUCCUUUUGUCUCCUACGGUUAAAUGCCUCUGUCAAGAACACCGAAAGUCGUGAACCACUUCUGCCUCACUGUAAUUACGGCUGAGAAAUUCUUGUAUCUCAUGCCAACAAUUACAGAGAAUAAUUCAGUUUAAAAUUAUGAAGAUGAAGAAACUCAAUUUUAUUCGAAUUUUAAUGUACUCGAGUCUAUAUAGCAUCUCAAAUUAUUGAAGCCUACCUUCUCCACCGUUCAUUCACAAAUUGCCAUUAGUGAGGACGGGAAGGUCCGUAGAUUUUGAAAAUGAAUGAAAAACGGUUAAAUAGAUGAUACAAGGAUACCUUAAUGAAAAUCUUUUUAAUACACGAAUAUUUGUAGAUGGUACACUGUAAGAACUGAAAGCAAUUUUGAAUAGGACAAAAGAACAUGUGAAUUACAGACAUGGUUGGAGAGGUGCAACAAUGAUGUAAUUAUUCAUGCUUUGGAAUUUGGGACAAAUUGGUUUUGUGAACAUGCUGGAUGGUUGAGAUAGUUCAACUUUUGUGAUGAAGAAACACGAGGUCCACGCCUACGGUCUCCCUAUCAUUUUUGUGCACAAACGUCUGAACGGGGCUUAAAACGUUGGACUCCAUCUUUGCCGAGUGAUUUAAUCUAGACUAAAAUCUACCUUUAAAUACAAAAAAAAAGACAAAAAUGAUAUACCUAUGUAUGAUAAACAAAAACAAAAUGCAAAAUAAUGGGAACUUGCAGCAUUUGAUAAUCAUUUGAAAGUUGUAUACUGAUUUUUUUGUUUUUAGUACUCUUUGUGUUUUUCACAUGUUUCUAAUGAAAAUCACAGUCGUGAAAACUUUUACCCAAAUUGCAGAUUUUGAUGCUGCAUUGAGACUUUUGACUCUCGAUCACAAUUGUAAUUCCAAAAUACUUCAGAAUCGAACAUACUUUUAGAUAAUAAAUCACUAUUCAUUAUGAAGAUGAAGAAAAACAACAAGCAUGCUCUCAAACCCCAUCCGGAUGUACGCAGUAGCAUAGAAAUGUAUUAAAUCAUUAUAAUUGUCGCAGAUAUCAAAAGGAAUUAAUUAAUUAAUUUGCGCAUCUUUUAGGCACAUCGAUAAUUUUGUUAUUUCAAUGAUCAAAAAAACGAUAUUUUUCAGCGGUAGAUCUCCACCAUAGAUUGUAACCAACCAAAAUGCUUGCAAAUUCUCGAUUCGAGUGGUUACGUAGAUCGUGUAUGUGCUAGUGAUGAAGAUAAAAAGGAAAAUGAAAAACUUAUAAAUUGCAAUUACCGAAAUUCUAGUCUAUUUGCUUUGCUAGCGGCGAGUUGGUAGACGGUGUUUUUAGCAGGCCUAAAAACUUUAUGUGAUUCUGUGUGAGUUAUUGCUUUGAUUAUUUCAGUCACCACGAUAGUAAAUGACUAAAUUAUUCCUAGUUGAUAACAUGAAUUCCAAAGUGAAGUACGAUUAACAUUAAUAUACUUUAAAAUUACAAUGAAUAAUGGAAAUAUAACAUUAAGUUACUAAUUCGAAUCAUCAUGCACCACGUUUGUAGAUAAUAAAUGAUAUAUGUUCCGUUUUUAUUUCAAUGAAACAGAAAAACAACACCAUUAUCAGAUACGUUGAAAUGUCAAUUGACCUAAUACUCGAUUCUACUCGGUAGAUUCCAGGAUAUGCUUUUAGGCGACUAAUGAAGAUUUCAGAAAUAGAUUAGUGUGAUCAUAGAAAAUGUAUCGUUUAUCCACUUCCCAGAAAUGUUCCGUCAAAAAUCGGUGGAACAAUGUUCACGAGAUCAAUAUCGAUCAUUUCAGACAUGCAGAAAUUGAUUAAAAAAAACCCACGAGAUACAAUUAUAUAAUUUAACACACGUAAAUGAUAAGUUCAAAGUUCAUUACGAAUACUUUUGAAUAAUUCAGUGGAACAAAUGGUUUUUCACGGAGUGGAAAAUAAAUACCAACAAAAACGGAUAUUUUUGCAGUGUGUGAGAACGAGACAGACAUUUUCUAAGAUGAUGCUACUUUACUCAUCGAGAAUCGAGUUUACUGUGCACACUGUGCUGAGCUGAAAUGGCCGAACUAUUAUAACAUAAGUGAAAGACAAAAAGGGAGAACACAAGAAAUUGUAAUGUUGAAGAACAGAAACAAAUACCAUGUAUGUAAUCUGUUUGAUUUAAAAUAAAUAUUCACUAAACGUA